UGUCAAACCGAGCCUCCUCCUCCGCUUACUGUCCCCUCCCAGCGGGUCUCCCUCCCUUUGCCACUGCAGUGAAGUCCUCGGUAAAGGAGAGAGAGAGACGGAGAAGAGAGCCUGGAGCUGGGUAUACGUCCAGGAGGAGACCUCGGAGAGCACCACAACCAUAGUUUUUGUAUUUCUCGCCACAGUUCGGCGGCCUACCGACUCCCCAGUUGUACCUCUUUUCCGUUCACAUCGCCUGGAUUUCAUCAUCCGACCUGCAAGAUGGGAAAUGAAGCCAGUUACCCCCUGGAGAUGUGCUCGCAUUUCGAUGCUGAUGAGAUUAAGAGGCUAGGGAAGAGGUUUAAGAAACUCGACCUAGAUAACUCUGGCUCUCUCAGCGUGGAGGAGUUCAUGUCGCUGCCGGAGCUGCAACAGAACCCGCUGGUGCAGAGGGUUAUCGACAUAUUCGACACGGAUGGGAACGGAGAGGUGGACUUUAAAGAGUUCAUCGAGGGAGUCUCGCAGUUCAGCGUCAAGGGGGACAAGGAACAGAAGCUUCGAUUCGCUUUCAGGAUCUACGACAUGGACAAGGACGGCUACAUCUCCAACGGCGAGCUCUUCCAGGUGCUGAAGAUGAUGGUAGGCAACAACCUGAAAGACACGCAGCUCCAGCAGAUCGUGGACAAGACUAUUAUCAACGCAGACAAGGACGGAGAUGGCAGGAUAUCCUUUGAAGAGUUCUGUGCAGUGGUCGGUGGUCUCGAUAUACAUAAAAAGAUGGUUGUGGACGUGUGAGCGCUCCUCCGCUUGCUGACUCCCCCCCUUCCUCCUCGACGCUCGCUUUCUCCACCAUCUCUGAAGAUCUGCUCAAGACGUCCGGCAAAACACUCUGUAUAACUCAAUGGAAGUAUUCUCUCUCUCUCUCUUUGUGAAGCCACUUUUUCUUUCAAAGCCGCAGGCCUCGUGAAGCCAACUUUGAAGUGUUAUUGAACUGUAAAUCCUCUCAAUAACCCGGUCGUAGCACUUUAAGAGACUGAAGGACAUCUAUUUUGUCAUUCGCAAAGAGCAUCUCCGAUUUUGGAUGAGGGGGGAGAAAGGGGGGGCAAAGUGGGCGCAGUGAAGAGGCUGGUUGUCUUGUUCAUAUUUCAUCCUUUCUUUUUUUUUUGUUAAUUGUUAUUUUUGAUAUUUAUUUUUUGUUCUUGUCUUUUAUAAAGAAGAAAAAUACAAGUAUAUCUAUGGUUGUCUCGUGAGGGGAAGUGUAUAGUAUUUUAACACUUGACUUACAGUACAACUAGAAAGUAGGGUAUGAAGUGCCAACCAGAACAUAUCCAGAAACCAGUCCAAGUUAUUACCUAUCAUCACCGCUGUCAUUCAUGCCGGACAAACUGACUCGUGACACUUCCAACUGCACGACUGUCAUAUUAGAUGCAAAACUAAAUUUCAGAUUUUCUGACUUUUUGUCCUUAGUUUUAACUUGCAUACGAGUAGUUUGGGUUAGACCAGUAAAGCUUCCAGUCACUUUUAGCACAGCAAUUCAUGUUUUUCUUUUUGAGCUAAGAUUGCUAGUUUUAUUCAUACUUAAGAAUGUGUUUAUAUUGUUGGAGAUUAUCCUUGUUUCCUGUCAUGAAAUUAUAGGUAGAUAAAAUUAAUGCCAAGAAAAUGUCUUUCCAAAAUAAUUUGUGGCUGCAAACUGCUACGUGGUUUACUGUUGAAGCAUUUUGCGUUUAACAGUGUGCAUCCACAAGACAAUCUCCAAUACAAAGAAUAGCUCUGCACUCACACUGACGAAUGAACUAUAGACUUUUAUUUAAUGUUAAGAACAGAGACUGGAUGGACUUGGCUUAGAACUGAGAGGAAUAGUUUGAGAGUGAAAAAUGGUGAGAUACAUAUACACCAUUUGUGCGAGUAUAUAGCAAUUUAAGAGACUUAUCUGCAGGCAGCAUUUUUUUAAACAAUAUGUGUAUAUUAGGUAAUCAAUGUGUGCUCAUGUUCUUUAACAGCAAGAGGAUGUUUUCCCUCUGCUUUACAUGAGCCCUUCUGAAUACUUACCUUUCUCAGUACAGCGCAGGACGGGUCAGAGUUUUCUUUGACACAAACACCUAAAAUCUUAACAUGUUGGCAUGAUCAGUGUGCAAAGGAAUAGCCUGUAUAUUGUAGAUUUUUUUAACGUGUACAUUUGAAAAGUUGGCUUCUUCUCCGACUUCUUUUUUCGGUCACAGUCAUCUCAUUUUCUCCCCCUCCCUCCCACUAAUACAAACAGGGAGAAGAACAUAAAUUCAACUAAAUUUUGAUCUCUAAGGGAAAAAUGCUUCCUACUAUAAACGGCAUUGGGAUAGCUUUUUGUUUUGCUUUGGAGUCUGACUGCUGGUUUGAACAGGAGUUUUCAGUCAGAGAUGUGAAUCUGGAGUGCUCUGUCCCUUAUCCCAAAGCUCUGCACGGCUUGGGCCUCCUGUGCUUGCAUGACAUGGAAAUAUAUUUUUUUGUUGUGCAUGUAGAUCCAUUUUUUGAAAUAAUCCUCUUGUUUACACAUGGAUGGUGAUGUUAAUAUAUUUAAGAAUUUAAUGGUAUACAAUAUGGAUGUUGCCAAACUUUGGUAAAUGUACACAUAUUAUGAGAGGUAAUCCAAAUGAACUGAACUACAUAUAACUUUUGUAUUUUACCCAGGUCAGCGAGAUGCUUCUAUUCCAGUAAAAGUUGCAUAUCUGAUCCUGUCUCAAACUGCCACACACUGUACUCAGCUUAAAGGGGAAAAUUUGAUGGUUUUUUUUCUCUUUUGUAUAUAAGUAUUUGUUAAAUGCAAUUCUGGCUCUCUGUUCUCUGUAUAGUUCAGACCAUGCUUUAGUUUAAGUGCUAUUUUUUUCUCUGAGGGACUUAUUUUUAGUUUGUGUGGGGAAAUCGCUGAAAAGAUUUGAGAACCUUUUUCUGCAUGCUGCAUCUUAUGCUGUGGGGCUGUUGGAAACUUGAUACUGUAUGAAAAUUAAAUUUAAAUAAACUUUGAAAUGUUGAAAGUAA